AAUUAUAACGCUUUCGCGUCUUAACCAGAAGACUGUCUUAGCUAUAGCAUCGCUACAUCGGCAUCGUUAUAUCGACUUCGUCGAUUCUGUGUUUUAUUCGUGGAUUAUUAUCAUUUCACAUCCAUCUGGAUCUUAUCGAUCGUGCCUUGUACUUCCGACGGUGAUUUCGAGAAUUGUGUAUUAGACACAUCGAUGUGGACGUCGCAACGUGAAAAUAUAUUUCUUUUGAGAAAACUAACGAGCGACUGAUUACGCACUACCAUAUAUCUGAAAUAUCCGGUUAAUAAUUGUCUGCAAAACAACGAUAAUAUCGUGACGCAAUUCUCGCGGUGCAAUUGCAUCCGAUAGACAGCGGUGAGAAUAUUAUUAUCAAAUGAAGAAGCAAAGCAAUGAUAACUCAGUGGGUGGUAACGGAAGCUUUGUGGUGACUUUGUUAAUCGAGUUUGUGCCGACGUAGGUGGAGUGCGUACACCACAGUGAAAGGCGUUUAUCGGGGAAAUAAAUCAUUCACGCGCACCAGUGAGAUCGUAAGUUGUGACUAUAAUAGUGAUACCUUUGCUGUACAAUAUCGGUUGUUAUUUUGCGUUUAUCGUCCGAAACUCAAAUAUCAUCAAAUAUCAUUGGGAGAGUAAUUUUGACAUUCGCGCGUGAAACGAGAAUUGACCUAGUUCCAACUUGCAAUGCGCUGAAGCGCGUUACUUCACACUCAAUUCACUUCACAAACCAAGAAGUCUUCUCGUGAACAUCUGCGAAUUUCAUCGCUUGAAUAUAUUUGUUAUGUAACGAAAAUGCGUGAGUGUUCAAGGAGACCUGGCUAUUGCGUAUAUUUGAACGAUUAGCUAAUCGAUUAUUACUCUAACAGUGACAUCAAAAGCGAUAUGCCUAGUGAUACGCACGCGAAUACACAUCGUCAUUCCAUUUUGCGUCUUCCGUUGAAUAUAUUACGAGCUAGAAGAAGAUACGCUACAUGGCUCGACUCGGUGUACUGGUACACCGUGGCAGAGCGAACAAUGGAUAGAAGAGCAGAGGCUAAGUAGCAGGCUGCAGGUACAGAAACGGAGACGGCGCGAGAGGAAGAUUGGAAAGAGGCGUGUGGCCGACAGAAAGCGAGAGUGAACAGGAGGAUAGGCACGGAGGCCGAAAGUAAGGCACGGGAGGGUCGGCCAUUGUGACAAAGUCGCAAGGGGAGAAGUGUGGAGUCGCACGAAAAAUGAGGGAGCGAGCACUGUCGGAUGUGUGGCGGCUGGUGUGGUUGCUUUGCCUCGUUCUGGCGACGAGCUUAGCGCAAACGUCACAGGUCUGUCCGUCCCACGGCGAAAUCGCGCCCUGUUACUGCAGCGUGAAGAAAUCUGGCUUGGACAUUGUGUGCGAGAUCACCGACCUGACACACAUCUCCAAGGCCAUGGUCGUGCUUAAGGGAAGGCCGAAUCUCGUGAUAUUCUAUCUUCGACUCAGGCACAACACUCUGCCCAAGUUGCAGGGAUACGUGUUUCUCGGGCUCGAUAUACGCCACCUCACUAUUCACAAUAGUAGCCUCGCGGUACUUGAAGAAUCUUCCCUUAGUUCUAUCGGAACGGGAUUGACACAGCUGGAUCUCUCCCAAAAUUCGCUGAGUAGCGUUCCAUCCCACGCGUUAAAAGACCUUCACCAUCUCUUGAUUUUGAAUUUAAAUCGUAACAAAAUCACAGCUAUCCACGGUAAAGCCUUUGAAGGUCUCGAUACACUCGAAAUUCUUACCCUUUAUGAGAAUAAGAUCUCCAUUAUAGAAGCAGAUGCAUUUAAAGGGCUCGAUAACCGAAGACUCAAAAGACUUAACUUAGGCGGAAAUGAGCUAACGAGAAUCCCAACUCAAGCUUUAUCUUCGUUAGAAUUAUUGAAAAAAUUAGAAAUGCAAGAGAAUCGAAUAUCCAGCAUAAAAGAGGGAGACUUCGAAGGAUUGAAAGCGCUCGAUUCAUUAGGAUUGGCGCACAAUCACCUUCGUGAGGUUCCGGCACGUGUAUUCUCUCAUUUGACGCAAUUAAACUCUUUGGAACUUGACGGAAAUCAGAUUACUCAUGUGGAUGCCAAUGCGUUCAUAGGUCUUGAGGAAAAUCUGCAAUAUUUACGACUGGGAGAUAACAAUUUGCAUAUGGUACCGAGUGACGCUCUGCGACGUUUGCAUCGCUUACGCCACCUUGAUUUACGGUCAAAUAACAUCACUGUACUUCCGGAGGACGCUUUCACGGGCUAUGGAGAUUCCAUCACUUUCCUUAAUCUACAAAAAAAUAUGAUUAAAAUACUUCCGCCUCUGGUAUUCGAAAAUCUCAAUUCGCUAGAAACUUUAAGUUUGCAAAAUAACAGACUCACACAUAUCCCAGAAGAAGUUACGGAGAACAUCGUUGAUACACUACGUCACAUAGAUAUGACAGAUAAUCCUUUGAUUUGCGACUGCGAGCUUCGAUGGUAUUCCGUGUGGCUCGGAAAUCUGCGCGACAAAGAUGACGAGAUGAUGUCAAAGAAGCGAACAGUCUGUAUGAUGGUUUCGGAACAUCGUGAAUACUCCGUGCAGAGUAUUCCGCUCGAUAGAAUGGGCUGCGUGGGCAAGAACGCCGGAAAAUUCUCGUCAUCAGCUGCUGGGUGCAGACUGUAUUUGGACAAGACACUACCGUUGAUUAUUCUUAUACUACCGUUGAUUAUUCUUACUGGUGUUCUACUUUAAUCUCUCAAGAAUGCGGCAGCGCGGUGACAGACGGCCGACUUUUCGUUUCGAAACGGAACGGUUAAUAAUCAUAUUUCUCGUCUUCAUUAAAGCUGUUAUUAUAAGUCACGUGAUUGCUGUAGAAUCUAGGUCAUUAAAAAUUUCCAAUUUUGUUAUUCAGUUCUGUAAAGAAGAAGGAUUCCCGUGCCUUUCGAGAUAAUCGUGACGCGAUAGCGGAGACGUGUCACGAUUCCACGAUGGCCAUCUUUUCGUAGAAAUUGAGAAAUGCUACUUUAUCACGUAUCAUCGCGAUAAUUUAAUAUAUCGUGUAGACGCUGUUAUGGAAAUGGCGCAAGCACCCAGAGAAAAGUUUCUUCGAUUUAAGAAAU